CCAUGUCUCUCCUUGGACCACCCGUCAUCAAGCAAGAAACGUACAUCGACCUAUUCGUUCAAAAGGACAGCGCCACGCUACCGGAGCGCUGGCGCACUUUCUCGGAAUACCCAGAGGAACUCAUGCUGAGCGCCGAUCACCCUGAAGACGCCAACAGCGAGAAGACGGUCUCAGCAAGUUUCCUGUCGGAGAAGGCCGCGGAAUCGGCGUUUGUGCUAAAGGGCUACCGGAAGUUGCGCGUCCUUGUGCCAUUCCCGCCACUUGGAAUCCCUGUUGGGAAUUUGCCAUCUGUGUACUCUGAGAAAGUGGCCUCUGGCGAGGCGCCUUCACCGAUCCUGCUGAGCUACUUCAAGGAUAAGCUGCCGGAAUCUCCCAUCCUCUUCAACGAGACAAGUGGAGAGCGGUUCCUCAGUUUCAUCUACCAGCACCCGCAUCUUAGCCUCAUCCUUCUUGAUAUCAACGCCGACGACAUAGUUCUGCUCAGACAAGGCACGAAAGGCCGAAUCAACGUUGUGUCGGCUCAAAGCAGCGACUCCGCCUCCCUGGUCCGCAUCGAGGUGACCAACCUAGGCGAGUUGACCACCAUCUUCAGCGUGCAGGUUACCCAGUGCAGCCACGGUGUCGCCAACAGCGAUACCGAUUCGGCGCUUGUAACGCCGCGGCGAACUCUGCUGCUCCUGACGUCGGUGCACUUUGGUGCUCUCGACAUACGCGACGACCUCAAAUGCACGGUGGAACUCCACGAUUCCGAGUAUGGAAUGAUUGCGUCACGGUCGGUGAUCCUAAGGCCUGGCAAACAGUGCAUCUGCUAUCUCUCUUGCGAAUGCAGCUGUGGGAAUGAGAGCCUGUCGUGCCACCUCAUCACCGAGUUGGACGCCCUCAAGGCGGGCCUCUACAAGAGCCGCACGACACGCUCCAGUGACGACCGGACAUCCCGUGACCGCGCCGUGCAGUUCAUUAUAUACUGCCUCCUCAUCAGCCUUGCCGCGGGGUUUCUGAAGGCCUCCCUGGGGAUGGUCGGCUGUGAAAGAGUUGGGCAAUAUGGCCUACACUCGUGUAUCUACGGCAAAGUCUUCUUGAAACAAUACUACGAGCCUGACCUGUCAAAAUAUACAGUGCAGCACGACAACGAAGGCUACCCGAUACAUCCUAAGACAAAGCUUCGUACGAGAGUGAUAAGCUACCGGAGAGAGUUCCUGCUGAACCUGGUGUUCUUUUUCAUCUGGCCAGUGCUGCUGUGCAGCCGAAGCGUCAAUCGCGGAACGCCACCUAAGUAUCAGCUUCUUGAAAGCAACAGCAGCAGUCUUGAUGUGAGCAUGUGA